CGACAUUAUUGACCACCGCUGCAGUCGUCCGGCGCUUUUCGAACGACAGUCGGAAAACUCGCUCCGUAUAACCGUGGUGUACUUACACGUUGAGCACUCCGCAGUGUUUGCUCAAGUUUCGACGACAUCGCCACUGUGCGUAUACUCGGAUUGUGGCGGGUGCUUAAUCGUACAUCAAUCACCAACACGGUCGCCGCCGAUGGAUCAAGUUCCCGGGUAGUUGUACUUAGUUUCAUUAUUUACUGCUACACGGUCAACAGCAUGGAUGGUCGGUUCAUUCUUGUGACCGGGGUCGUGGUCUUCGGGCUGUGCGGCCCCUGUCUCGUGUCCUCCACCACCAGCAUCUCCAACGGAUCUUCUAUCGAAACCUUCACUGGACAUUCCAUCGACAACUUAAUGGAAUUUGUCACAAAAAAACCGAAGUUUGUCAACGAAACUAUAGAUUUCGUCCCUAACAAUUUCACGGAUUUCGUCCUUAACCAUAAUUUCACAGAUGUUAUUAAUAACACCACAACAUUUAUCAUUGGAAAUUUCACAAAAUUUACAAUUGACAAUACCACGAAAUUAAUCUUUGAAAAUUCCACCGGUCCCAAACUUACCGGACCGUUCGUAUGCACAGUAAUUAAAAAUUACAAAUCAAAAAAAAUAACCACUAACUAUGAAAUCCGUUCGUUCAAAACUCCAUAUUUCUGUUUCAAUAAUUGGAAAUUAAUUUGUUAUAUUGUAAAUGAAACUGCAGUUCCAAUUCAAACCGAAACCUCAGAAAACAAUCUUAUAUUAACCAAUACAUGCUGCAAUGGUUACGAAAAAACACCGAAUGAGGCAAAAUGCCGUCCUGUCUGUAAAGAUCCUUGUGUAUGGGGCACAUGUAUUUCACCGAAUGUGUGCAGCUGUGACGAAUAUUACGAUGGACCUACUUGCCGCAUACGGAUAGGUUGUCCACUGGGGAAAUUUGGAUUUGAUUGUACGCAAACGUGUCAAUGUCAAAAUAAUGCUACUUGCAAUUAUUUAAAUGGUAAUUGUUCUUGUCAGCAAGGAUAUUGGGGAAAAUAUUGUGAAGAUCCAUGUCCACCAGGAUAUUAUGGUCAUAAAUGCCAAAAUGUAUGUAAAUGUCAAACUGGUGCAAAAUGUGAUCCUGUAAAUGGUGCUUGUAACUGUUCACCAGGAUACACAGGAACUAACUGUGAAGUACAAUGUCCCCCAGGAUUUUAUGGUUAUAAAUGCCAAAGUGAAUGCAAAUAUCAAAAUGGUACAAAAUGCGAUAUAUUUAAUGGUAAUUGUACUUGUCUACCUGGAUCUGAAGAACACGAUGCUGAAUUAAAUGAAUGCAACUGUCAAAAUGGUACAUUAUGUGGUUCAGUAAAUGAAACUUGCUCUUGCCAACCAGAACAUGCAGGAAAUAAUUGCAAAUUUACUUGUCCUCCGGGCUAUUAUGGAAAAAGUUGUCAGAAUCCAUGUAAAUGUCAAAACGGCGGGAAAUGUAACGCAGUAAACGGCGAUUGUGCUUGUAGUCCAGGAUUUACUGGAGAAUAUUGCUCGUUGACUUGUCCGUCAGGAUUCUAUGGCUAUCAAUGUCAAUACGAAUGUAAAUGCCAAAGUGGUGCCCUGUGUGAUCCAGUUAUUGGUGUUUGUGUCAGUGAAUCUGGUUUGACCGACAAAGAUUGUGAGAAGGUUUGUCCACCUGGUACGUACGGUGUAGAUUGCAACUCAACUUGCAGAUGUCAAAACGAAUCAAAAUGUAGGGUGACCGACGGAGUUUGUUUGUGUGAACCCGGAUUUUCCGGACCCACGUGCUCAGAAGCUUGUCCCAAAAAUUAUUAUGGAGAAAUGUGUAUGCAUAAGUGUAUGUGCGAUGUGACCACGGAAAUUUGUAAUCAUAUUGAAGGAUGUGUAGCAUGCAACAGCAGUUUUUCAAAUGACAGUGAAUGCAUCGAUGCUCUUCAGUUAGAUCCAAUAAACAAUGAAACUGUUUGGAUUUCUGACAUCUUGGUUAUUUUGAGCUUCUUGAUAAUGUCAACAAUAUGCAUGGCGGUAAUGAUGUGCUGCUAUUACUACUAUAACCAACGUCAAAUUCAAAAAUGUAAUCUAGGGCACGUGAACAAUUUUGAACUUCGAAAGUCUACUUCCAUAGAAUCAAACCCUAACAUUGAAGUAAUUUGCACUACCAGCAAUUGCGGUAUGAACAUUGAAAAUGGCAUGGUUGAUUCUAGAAAAACAAUGAUCGGCUAUACGAACACAACGUUUUAUAACAAUUAUUCGUAUGACAAUAGUGUUGAUGAUGAUACCGGUGAAAACUUGUACUUGGAAAUUGACGAAAGUACUCUUAAACGUGCAGAAGAUUUGUACGAUCGUCUAGAUUUCCUACGUCCGACAGUAUCGUGGAAGCCCCAUUACCAAAGCGCAUUUGUGUUGCAAGAUCAAGCAGGUGGUUCGAAAAAAGAAGAGACAACAUAAUGUAUUUCAUUAUCUUAAAUAAUAACGUUUGUUUAAUUUGACAUUUAUAUUUAUAAAAUUUCAUUAUUAUUAUUAUUAUUGUUAUUAUUAUUAUAGACACCAUAAGAUUAUUUUAAAUAUUAUUAAUAUACGCGGAAAUAAAUACGUACACAUUAUAAACAAUAGUAAAUAUUAUUAAUAUAUUUUUCAUACAUACAUCUAAAUAAAAUUUAUUAAGACACAAUAAUGUUAUUAUUACGGUUAAUAAAUAUAAUACAAUCAUAA